AUGGCUAGCGGCAGCGCGGGGAAGCCCAGCGGCGAGGCGGCGGCUUCUCCGGCUCCUACGAGCGGCGCCGUCGGGGGGACCAGCUCGCAGUCGCGGAAACGGCUGGUGGCCGUGUGUGACCAGUGCAAGGGCAAGAUGCAGCUGGUGGCCGACCUGCUCCUGCUGUCCAGCGAGGCCCGGCCCGUGCUCUUCGACGGCCUGGCCUCCUCCUCCUCCUCCUCCUCCUCUUCCUCCUCCUCCGCUGCCGUCGGUGCCGGCGCCGCCGCAGAGUCCUUCGAGCAGUGCCGGGACACCAUCAUCGCGCGCACCAAGGGGCUGUCCAUCCUCACCCACGACGUGCAGAGCCAGCUGAACAUGGGCCGCUUUGGCGAGGCGGGGGACAGCCUGCAGGAGCUGGGCGACCUGGUGGUGUCGCUGACCGAGUGCUCGGCGCACGCGGCCUACCUGGCGGCCGUGGCCACGCCGGGGGCCCAGCCCGCGCAACCGGGGCUGGUGGACCGUUACCGGGUGACGCGCUGCCGGCACGAGGUGGAGCAGGGCUGCGCCACGCUGCGCGCCACGCCGCUGGCCGACCUGACCCCGCAGCUGCUGCUCGAGGUGUCGCAGGGCCUGUCGCGCAACCUCAAGUUCCUGACGGACGCGUGCGCCCUGGCCAGCGACCGGUCGCGGGACCGCUUCGCGCGCGAGCAGUUCAAGCUGGGCGUCAAGUGCAUGAGCACGAGCGCGUCGGCGCUGCUGGCCUGCGUGCGCGAGGUCAAGGCGGCGCCCAGCGAGCUGGCCCGCGGCCGCUGCGCGCUCUUCUGCGGGCCCCUGGCGCAGGCCGUGGGCGCGCUCGUGGGCUUCGCCACGGAGCCGCAGUUCCUGGGGCGCGCGGCCGCCCUCAGCGCCGAGGGCAAGGCGGUGCAGACGGCCAUCCUGGGCGGCGCCAUGAGCGUGGUGUCGGCCUGCGUGCUGCUGACCCAGUGCCUCAGGGAUCUGGCGCUGCACCCCGAAGGCGGCGCCAAGAUGACGGACCACCGGGAGCGGCUGCGGCACUCGGCCUGCGCCGUGGCCGAGGGGUGCGCGCUGCUAUCUCAGGCUUUGAGGGAGAGGUCUUCGCCCAGGACUUUACCGCCAGUGAAUUCCAAUUCUGUGAAUUAGCACCCCCCCAUCCUCCCCCCUUCCCCCCACUCCCUUCCCCGCCCCUCCCCGCCCCCCUGGAAUAAAGGAAGAUGCUUAUCAUCUGCCCCUCUCAAUUUAUACCAAAGAAAUCGUAGGUGACGCUCCCCCCCCCCACCUUCCCCUCCACGUUAGAUGCUCCCGAGGAAUCUUCCAGAAGCCAGAGCCGUGCAUCUGAUUUAUUUUUACGCGCACGCACCUGGGGCCCCCCAGAGCCCAGCAGCCCACGCUGCAGGGAUGUGGAGACGCGGCUAGAGGGGGUGCUGGCUGCCCUGGCAGGGGUCCCCCACCGCACCCCCAGCUCCUCUCCGGAGUCCCUCACCCAAACCUGAUUAGUUCAUUGGGCAGGAAGGAGGUCAUGAAUUCAUUUCUUUUAUUUUGGUCCUUUUUUUUUGGUUUUGUUUUGUUUUGUUUCCUGAUGAAAAGAAAGGUUACCUCAGCUCGCACUCCUUAGACAUGGAUGUAGCUAUCUCCCCCCACCCCCCUUUUUUUUUAUAUGUUGUUGAUUUUUUUUUUUUUCUCAGUUGGAUGAGGCGUCGACUUGGUGUGGAGAGAGUCUGAGCUCGCCAGGUGAUGUGCAGAGGUAGGGGGUGGGGGGAGCUACUGUGAGCGUGUGUUUUAUUUUUCUGAUUGACACUAGAGUGAUUCUCCGCCUCCCCCGCCCCCCCCCCCUCCAAUGUCAAGUUUGUACCUUGCAUGUACUGGAGUAUUUAUUUCAUCUAUUAAAGUGUUAUGUUUCUCAGA